AUGCAUCGAGCACUCUUGUUACCCGAACUCGUCACAGCGAUCAUCAGGGCCGGCAAAACGGAUCCUGGCCUGCUUUACAGCUGCUUGUUUGUCAACAAGCUGUUCUUUUUGGAAGCAUGCAGGGUUCUGUGGAAAGGCUGUUAUGGUAUCUUUGGUGUCGGACACGUAACUCCGAAGAUCAGUGACCUUGGAGGCAUGGUGCUGCGCCCUAACAUCGGACGUGAUCGCGCACAGUUCUAUGCCAACUUCGUUCGCGUGCUCGUCUUCCAGGAGGAUGAGUUCAGCGGCGAAGAUGAUGCACGAUGGCACCCUCAACUUCUCGAAUUACGGUUUCCUCUUUUGGAAGACCUGAACAUUUGGAAAACAAAAUCAGCUGAAGAGUUCAACACAGAAGAUACGAUCCUCCACUACGUUCAGCCUGGCCUUCGAGACCUUCGUGUGGAUGCGAGUGGCCCUCUUUCUGACUCUUUUCUCGAUGAGGUCAGCCGCCUGUGUCCUAGACUCCAGCAACUUGACAUCGACUUCAAGAAUGUUACAAUUUCGAAGAAGGGUCUUGCUCGCUUUUUGCAACAGAUGUCAUAUUUAGAAGGUUUACACGUGGCUGCGCUGAACAAGAGUUGGUCGGCUGAGGCAUUCGCCACGGUGGCUAAGUAUGAGCGGCUGAAGCUCCUACAUGUCCCAGCAGUCCACGACACUUGGUUCGACAUCCUCGAUUCGCCAUCAAAGUCAGCCCUCUUUCCAGCAUUGAAGUAUUUUUAUUGCCUAGACACGACCGGCAAAGCUCUGCGACGGUUGCACGAUAUGAACUCACAACUGGAGGCCCUCCAUGUCUAUGAAGGCAGUCUGCCAGGACCGGAAGAUGUUCUUCUAGCAGCUGCACAGUUUUCCCGGCUCACGAACUUCCGUUACCAUCCAGGACCUCAUGCGCACAUCGCGGGACAGAACGUGCUGAAGCUGGCACAGAACUGCCCUUAUCUUACCUCGUUGUCCAUUGGCCAGGAUCAAGCAAUGGCUCCAACCGGU